AUGUCGCAGACCGUCGGCCUGACAAGGCUCGCCUACUCUCGAGUAUGGCACCAGCCCAAUGUCACUCCUCCUUCUCUCGGCCGCCUGGCGUCCCGAAUCGCCGUCCUGCUCAUGGGCAAGCACAAGCCCACCUUCGACCCUUCAACCGACUGCGGAGACUACGUUGUGGUUACGAAUUGCGCCGCCCUACACACCACCGGCAACAAGAAAUGGCGCAAAAACUACUACAGACACAACACACGGCCGGGUAGCCUCAGGACUGUGACAAUGGACGUGCUCAUGGAGAAGCACGGUGGCAGCGAGGUGCUGAGAAAAGCUGUUAGCGGCAUGCUGCCCAAGAACAGGCUGCGGGACAAGAGAUUGGCGAGACUCAAGGCGUUUGAGGGCGAGGCGCAUCCGUACAAGCAGAAUGUGAUACGGUUUGGAGGAAAGGCUGUGGGGUCGGAGGGGUGGGAUAAGAUGGUGGAGGCGAUACGGAACACGGAUAAGGAUAGGUUAUGA